AUGAUAAAUAAGUAAACAGAAUAAAUAUUCUCAUAAUUAUAAGGAGCUUUUGCAUGGGUUGAAAAAAUGAGAAAAAAGAAGCCAAUGACUUCAGAUAUGUAAAUUAAGGAAUUGUUAUACUUUUUGAAUAUUGAUGCAACUAAUGAAGAGAUUGAAGCAUUAAAUGAGUUAGCCAAUCCAGAAGGAGAACAAGAUAUUUAAUAUGAAAAAUUAUAUAAAGUGUUUAUGAAUGAUUAACAAUAAGAGUAAAGAGAAGUUUUGGAGGCUUUUAGAUUGUUAUCAGGCUCAAAUAGAAUUGAAGUAGAUAAAUUAGAGAAUUGGCUCUAUAUCUAUGAUAAAAAGUAUAGAAAUAAUGUAAAUUGAAUUUAAUAUCAAAGACUAAAUAAUUUAUAGCACAAUUGAAAUAGUCUCCAAGUUAUAAACAAGGAUAUUUGGAUUUCGAGAAAUAUGUUAAGGAGGGUUGA